CGUUCAGCCCUGACGGACGCUGGCUGGUUACCGCGGCGAUGGACUGUACCAUCCGGACCUGGGACCUCCCAUCUGGAUGUCUCGUGGACUGUUUCCUGGUUGCCAUGGCGCCGGUGGGCGUGUCCUUGUCUCCGACCGGAGACUUCCUGGCGACGGCUCACGUGGACAGUCUGGGCGUGUUCCUCUGGACCAAUAAGAGCCUGUGCGGACCUGUGGGGCUCCGCCCCCUCCCGGCUGACCACCAACCGACCGAGGAGACGCUGCCGGGUGUCACGGCGGACGAGUCGGCGCAGGAAGUGACAUCAGAGGAGGCUGAUGAUGCGUACGAGUCGGCGGAGCAGCUGGGGGCGGAGCUAGUGACGCUGUCGCUGCUGCCGGAGUCCCGCUGGAAGAGUCUGCUGCACCUGGACGUCAUCAAGAGGAGGAAUAAGCCUGUAGCGCCCCCUGCUGCUCCGGCUGCUGCUCCGUUCUUCCUGCCAACACUUCCUGGUCUCACGCCCAGAUUCGCCGCACCGACGCCAACGGAACAGGAAGCACAGUCCAAGCUGUUGCGUUGGGGCUUGUUGUCUCAGAGGUCAGAGUUCAGUUCUGAUCUGGAGUCAGCGCUGCAGACCGGAUCCUUUGAGCGGCCGCUGCGUCUCCUGAAGGAUUGUGGGCCGGCGGCGCUCUCUGUGGAGCUCAGCAGUCUGACACCAGAGGGGGGCGGGGCCAUUGGUGUGACAUCAGAGGGGGGCGGGGCCAACAGUCUUCUCCUCGCCUUCAUCCUGCUAAUUGACAGCAUGUUGGCCAGUGGGCGGGACUUCGACCUGGCGCACGCUUACCUCGCGCUUUUCCUCAAGCUCCAUCUGCGCUCGCUGUCUCAGGACCCUGUUGCCAUGGCAGCGCUGCUCCGCCUCUCCUCCCGGCUGGAGGCGGGGUGGGCGGAGCUACGGGCUACAUUCGACCAAUCACUGUGUCUGCUGACGUACGCCAAGAGUGCUCUGCUGUGACACGCACACACACACACAUGCACACACACACACACACACACACAGACACACA